AUGGAUGAAUCCAUCUUGGAAAAUGGCCACCCCGAGAAAAACAAGCUUCCUAAAAUUUGCCUGAAUGACAAACUUAUUUCCACAAGUCCUUCUCCUGUUUCGGUAAAAUUAAACAACAUUGAGAAACUUGACAGUGAGGGGUUGAUUGGGAGAACAACCUCGCAACAGGCUUCAUCAAUUUUAAACAUUGCUGAUGUCAGUAAAAUAACCGAGAGUGUCCAGUCCAUCACGAUAAAACUGGAUAACUUAAAUGGUGUACAAUUCACACCUGGUAACGUGACAUGUAGCGUGCGUCGGUCUUCCACUAGUUCAGCACCGUGUUGA